AUGAAACCAACAACUAAUAAUCAAUCAACAACCUUUAAUCCUAUCGCGAUUAUUGUACCAAAUGGUGCUAUUAAAGGACCUACUAGUGAUCCAAAUGAUGGCAACGGUUCAACACAAUGUUUGCAAUUAAAAGCACUUCGAACUCGUCGUUGUUAA